UUUUAAGGAAGGUGUUAAACUCGCUUAUGGUUGCUUUUUUUAUUUCCCGGCUAGGCCAAGCGCCUUUUAGGAGUUGACCUAGACCUAGGCUCCAUUUCCGCCGCUCUCUCAAAUAAUCAAGUUUUUUUCCAUAACAAAAAUCUGGCUUCUUGCUGGCGAUUACUAUUUGUGAUUUUCAGGAGGUCACGCCCUCGAAAUACUAGUGAAACAACACGCAGAGAUGUCACUGUUUGUAAAACAUGUUGUCGAUAAACAACAAUUCCCUGUUUUUCUCUGAUGCUACGGUAGACAUUGCCAUGCCUAGUCCCUGUACGGCGUCUUCCCACGCAAUCUCGGUCAAGGCAAUUUGGUGGCGUAUCUAUCCCUGCAAUGAGCUGUGAAUGUGAAAGAAGUGCGAGUUCUUUAAGGCGGCUGCAUACAUAUAACAGGGCAUGCAUGGGCCAGGAAAGGCUGUCAUCCCUCGCACUAAUGCACUUACAUUAUCAAGUUAAAAUUGUUUUGGAUGAGGUGAUGGUGUUUGCCACCAAACACCGACGGAGGCUGGAGCUCAGGAUUAUUCUGAGGGAUUAGUUCCGCAGUAUUUUGAUGUAUCAUUCGACAGCGUUAAAAUUACUCCUUUAUAACUUUAUUCAAACAGUUGUAUUCGACAGAUGUAAUAUUCAGUUCCUACCGUGUACUUUGCCAUUACAAUUUCUCAUGUAUUGCUACUUUCCUAAAUAAACGGAUCAGACAAUAAAAUAUACAUUUCGGUAGUUUGGUCCACCUUGGUCUCGUUAGCACCCCCAUAUAAAAUCCUGGUUACGGGCCUGAUGCUAAUUUUUUAGAUUAAAAGAAUUAAUCUAAGUCCAAAAAAAAUAAACCUUGUCGUUUCUUUUUCUUCCUUUUUUAAAAAAUGCCAAAAACUGGGUCUUUUGGACGACACUAAACGAAGAAAAAAUUAAUAUAGGUAUUAAGCUCCCUUAAAGUAUAAAAGUAUAAGUUUACAAGGACAGGAUCGAACGUAUACUGAGUAACUAAAUGAUAAAAAUUUGAUCAAAAUUAAAUGAAAGGCUAAAAGCCUAAGCGCUGUCUGAUAACGAAACGGUAAACAAGAAGUGCUGCCUCUCAUUUAAAAGAGACGUGAAAUACUGGGUGGACCACAUCCUGAACUCCCGCGAAAACCGCAAGAGAGGAACGCUCAGGGCUAAGGAGACUAAACAGGGGCGUAGCUACUUGUACGCACGGUUUGCACGUGCGUACCCGAAAACGUUGAGGAAAAAAAGUAGAAUGAAAUAAACAUAACUAAAAAAAAUCGGUUUCCAGAGAAGCGACGACAUUAAUUGGAGAACCGAAUCUUGGAUGAUUUAUUUAUAUAGCAAGCUUGAUGAUGUUAAGCGUGAACGCGUUGUUUUCUCAACGACCUGUCUUCGGAGUAGACGAAGUAGGGCACAAUUACGUCAAUGUGUGGUGCUUUUGUCGGUCAAAAAUAAUGUGACAAAAAGGGGUAAAAAGAGUCAUUUGUAAACUUAAGUCGGAGGUACUACAAGCUUGAUUUUUAAUAGCUGAAUUAAUGAUAAACGGUUGACGUCAACGAACAUAACAAGCCGACAGAAUUAAAGAAUUUUAGAGGUUGUGUCAUUUCAUAAACAGCAAAAAUAGUUUUGCUUACAACCGUUAACCCCACCUCUAAUAAAGGCACCUUAAAAAAAUGUUGAGAUUUGGGGUGGGGUGGGGGGGGGGAGGGGGGAAGAAGAUGUAGAAAAAGUUGGGCGUACCUCCGGAAAAAUCCUGACUACGCACCUGCUAAAGCCUGAAACUGAACAACAGGAGUCUUGACGAAACGUCCUCAGUUAUCACCUGUCCGGGGUCGUACUUUCAAGGAAACGCUGAUCAAGAAUCACUAAUGACGGAAUGAAAACUCCUCGUAGCUUCCAGCGAAAAAAGGAGUGACAACAGUGGUAAGCGGUCGUUCUGUGAAAUGUAACGCAAUCUUUGCCGUUUACGAUCUUUCGGCGCUCUUUGAAACGUUGUUGUUUGGUAUGUUCUCCCGUGUGGAUACUUGACAUUUCCAAUAUAUGGAAACACCAUGCUAAGGUACGAACAACAGACAUUCACAACAUUGUUUUGUACGCUAAAAUCUGAUUUCAUGGACGUAAAACGUUUUGAAUUUUUUAGUGCUUUGUCCUCCCUUUGACAACUUCACGUGACUGGUGCACUUGGCAGGAGUUGACAGCUUAAAUCUACCUUUCUUGAUAGCAAACGGCAUUAAUUUACAUCAGAUCGCUGUAUAAACGCGUCUUGGUUUCUGAAAGCUGAUAACAUGAAACCACUAUUGCUCAAACUGAUUUUUUACUGUAUUUUCCCGAGUUUUUAGCAUCGGCCCGCCGCGUCUGGAAAGCUCAAAUUUCUGGAAAGUGCUACUUGUAUUUUUUGGCCUCAAAAAUUUUCUUUUAAGUUGCCCGUAGUUUUGAAAACAGAUUUUGAAAGAAGAGAUAACGCUCUUUAACGUGGUAUAAGACUCGUUACUGAAAUCGAGGUACCAGUCGACCAUUUUGGGCUUUGAAAUUUGCCAUUUUUUCAUUGAACGAAAACGUUCAAAAUAUUGAAAAAUCUCCAAAAUAUUACACUUUCGUUCAAACUGAGUAAAUCACCACUUAGAAUGUGUGCAAUUAAGUACUCUUCUGAAUAAGUUAUUUGUUGUCCACAUUACAAUGGAUUUGAAUUUUAAAACGAUUUUUUUGCGACACAUGGUCUCGGGCCUGGAAAGCCCGGUCCGAGAGCCGCGAAACCAAUAACCCCCCCGUACGUGGAAAAUAAUUAUCGGAUCGAAGUAAAAAUUACAUUUAUGUUAAUAGCUUACCAAGUGCUACUUUGUGAAGUUUUUUGAGAAUUUUCGAUUUUUCACUUUUGUAGACCUCUGGUCGAUAUUUACGGACAUCCGCUCUUAAGUCUUUCUUCCAUACACAAUUUAUGAAUUUCCUGUAAAAUAGGAACCAAAUCCUCCCCUCUGGGGUAGAUCGUGGGCGCAAGAUAAAAGUAGCUGGGCUGCUAGGUCAGCGCUCUUUAGGGAAAAUUCAAAAUGGUGGACGAAGAUUCGAACUCGACUGACUUGAGUGUCUCGGGUUAAGAAAGCCAUUCAACAAUUUCGUUGGCUCAUUACAUUUUUUGGUUUAAAUUGAGGCCAAAGUUAUUUAGCAAGGCUGGUUUUGCCGCAAAAUUGCACAACAAUGCUUAGAAAUCGUACUUUUGUUGUACAAUUUGCAUAUUUUAGCAUCAGACCUAAAACAGCUUUUGUUUUUGCCAGCAACUUUUAAGCAACUUUCGUGACAAAAAGCAACUUUUGAUUGUUUUUUAGCAACUUUUGAGCAACUUUUUGAGAGAUUACGAGAAACUGUUUGGAAAAUCUUGAGCAACUUGUGGAGAGCCCUAUUCUUUGUACUCCAGCAUGGUAGUGUUGUACCACCUGAUACUAGCAGCAAAGGACUUAUUGACAAUUGGAGAAGGGGACAUCGCAUUGCAGAAUUAAUAUGCACAAACAUUGGAGAGGAGAAUAAUUAGUGAAGUUAUCGUGAUAUGAUUGCGUUUGUCUUUGCUAAUCAUAUGUUUAUAUUUAAAGAUAAAACUGGACAAUACCCUCCACCGCAGGGUGGGCCAGCACCCUACCCGGUUCAACAGACUGCAGGAGCCCCACCCUUUCCUUCUGGUCAGCCAGUAGCAAUGGCUCCUUAUCCGCCAGAGCAGCCAGGAGGGGCACCAGGCUACCCUACAGCUCCACCAGGGGGUGUCGCACCUUACCCAGCAGUGGCACCUGGAGGUACUACCCCCUACCCCUCAGCAGCACCUGGAGGCUCCGCACCCUACCCCACUGCACCACCAUGA